UGAUAAAAUAAAACAGCACCUUACCUACUACCAUACUUCUCACUUAUGGUCUUCAUCCAGUACCCUUCUACUUCUGUCACUCUACUUCUAGCUUCUACUUGUACCUUCUCUAAGCACAUUCACUUGUUUCUUCAGAUUCAUAACUUCUUUUCUUCUCAGAGCUUUUUCCUUUACAGCAGAAACUUACUUGUAUAGUAUAUAUCCUUCAUUGUUCAUUUGUAAUGCUUGGCAAUUAAGAGAUUAGGAGCAGAUAGGAAAGGAAUGCAGGCUAUCUGGUUGAUGCUGUUGUUGUUGGUGAAUACUGCAUUUGGGAAUAGAGACAUUGAUGCACUUCUUGAACUCAAGAAGGGUAUUCAAAAUGACCCUUUUGGAUUAGUUCUUAAUUCUUGGGAUUCCAAGUCAUUAGAAUCUAAUGGAUGUCCUCAGAACUGGUAUGGGAUAUUGUGUAGUGAAGGCAAUGUUAUAUCCAUCACUUUGGACAAUGCUAGUUUGGUCGGAGAGUUCAAUUUCCUUGCAAUUAGUAACCUUCCAAUGCUUCACAACUUGUCAGUUGUAAACAAUCACUUCACAGGAAGUAUGCUACAUAUUAGUCCAAUGAAAUCACUUAAAUUUCUCGAUUUGUCUCUCAACAAGUUCAACGGCUCGUUACCUCCUAGCUUCGUUGAAUUGCGCAGUUUAGUGUAUCUGAAUCUUUCUUUGAAUGAAUUUAGUGGCACUGUUCCAAAUGUGUUUCACAAACUUGACCAGUUGGAGUAUUUAGAUUUUCACAGUAAUAGCUUUUCUGGCGAUAUUAUGGAAAUCUUUUAUCAGAUGGGAAGUGUGUUACAUGUUGACUUAAGCAACAACAAGUUUUCUGGUGCAUUGGAUUUGGGACUUGGAGAUGUCUCAUUUCUAUUCUCAAUUCAACAUUUGAAUGUUAGUCACAAUUCCUUGGUUGGUGAACUAUUUGCUCAUGAUGGUAUGCCAUACCUUGACAAUUUAGAAGUCUUUGAUGCUAGUAAUAAUCAGCUAGUUGGUAAUAUACCUUCCUUCACGUUUGUCGUAUCACUAAGGAUUCUUCGGCUCGCAUGCAAUCAGUUGACAGGCUCAUUGCCAGAAACUUUGUUGAAGGAAAGUUCAAUGAUGUUGUCUGAACUUGAUCUUAGUCAAAACAAGCUUGAAGGUUUCAUUGGAAGCAUUACCUCAAUGACUCUUAGGAAGCUUAAUAUAUCUUCAAACAAAUUAUCAGGCCCAUUACCUCUCAAAGUAAGUCAUUGUGCCAUCAUAGAUUUGAGUAACAACAUGCUGUCAGGUAAUUUGUCAAGGAUCAAGUAUUGGGGUAACUAUGUGGAAGUUAUUCAGUUAAGUAAAAACUCAUUGUCCGGAACACUUCCAAACGAAACUUCUCAACUUUUACGGUUAACAUCACUUAAGGUAUCCAAUAACUCAUUGGAAGGUUUUCUCCCACCAGUUUUAGGAACAUAUCCAGAACUAAAAGAGAUUGAUCUUAGUCUUAACCGGCUUUCGGGGUUCCUCCUACCAACCCUUUUUGCCUCAACCAAAUUGACUAAUCUUAAUCUCUCUAACAAUAUGUUUUCUGGUCCAAUUCCUUUUGAACUUCAACUUCCAAAUAAUCUAUUGGUUUCUGCUGAAAAUUUUAGUUUGAUGUAUCUUGAUCUUUCGAACAACAACUUGAGUGGAAUUCUUUCUUCGAAAAUUAAGGAGCUUCAUAAUUUGGUAUAUCUCAAUCUAUGUAACAACAAAUUAGAAGGUACUAUUCCUAAUGAUCUUCCAGAUGAGUUAAGAGAACUCAAUGUGUCCUUUAAUAAUUUUUCUGGGGUUGUACCUGAUAACUUAUCACAGUUUCCUGAAUCAGCAUUUCAUCCUGGAAAUACUAUGCUGAUAUUUCCUAAUUCUCAUUUAUCACCUAAAGAUAGUUCCAAUUCCAACCUAGGUUCGAGGUCACAUGAGAAAACUUUCACUAGGAGUGUCUUGAUUACAUGUAUAGUUACCGGUGUUUUUGUGAUAGCUAUAAUGGCUGCCAUGAUUUAUUAUAGGAUUCAUCAGAAAAAAGGAAGUACUUCUAAACAAGAUGCAACAACAAGUGACAUCAUCCAAGAGAGUACUUCUCCAUCAAAGAGAAGAAAUUUGGAGUCAUUACCGCCUUCUCAAAGUGAAGAUACCGGAAACAUUAAUCCAACUGUACAGAAUCCUAAAGAUCCGGAAUUCAUUAAGAACGAGGAAGGAACGUCUUCUCCAAUGUCUAUUAUAUCGGCUUCAAAUCCUUCACCUUCUACAAGCCAUCAGUUUGAGAAUCCUGGCUCGCUCGAAGUAUCCUCUCCGGAUAAACUGGUUGGAGACUUGCAUCUAUUUGAUGGAUCUUUGAUGCUUACUGCGGAAGAACUUUCGUGUGCUCCAGCCGAAGUUGUUGGUAGGAGUUGUCAUGGAACACUUUACAAAGCUACACUUGAAUCUGGUCAUGUAUUGGCUGUUAAAUGGUUAAGAGAAGGAAUAACUAAAGGAAAAAAGGAGUUGGCUAGGGAAAUUAAGAAACUUGGGACAAUCAAGCAUCCAAACUUGGUUUCUUUUCUUGGUUGCUACUUAGGGCCAAAGGAGCAUGAGAGAUUGAUUGUAUCAAAUUACAUGAAUGCACAUUCUUUGGACAUUUAUCUCCACGAGGCUGAUAAAAGAAAUCUUCAUCCUUUGUCUCUUGAUGAAAGGCUCAGGGUGGCCGUAGAAGUGGCGCGAUGUCUACUUUACCUACACACCGAGAAAGCCAUACCUCAUGGUAAUCUCAAAUCCACAAACAUUCUACUAGAAACUCCCAACAGAAAUGUAUUGCUCACUGACUACAGCCUGCACCGAAUACUUACCGCUGCUGGUACUUCGGAGCAAGUUUUGAAUGCCGGUGCACUUGGUUACCGACCUCCCGAAUUCACUAGAUCAACCAAACCAUGUCCUUCUUUGAAGAGUGACGUCUACGCAUUCGGAGUUGUCUUGUUAGAGCUCCUAACAGGAAGAAAAUCAGGAGAAGUCGUUUCGGGAAUUCCUGGCAUGGCUGAACUUACCGAUUGGGUAAGAUUCUUAGCUGAACACGGUCGCUCGAACCAAUGCUUUGAAAAUUCCCUUGUGGAUAAUGACAAUGGAGAAGAUUCAUAUAGGAUUCUUGACGACAUGCUUAAAGUGGCUAUUAGAUGCACCCUUUCAGCAUCCGAGAGACCUGACAUGAAAACAGUGUUUGAUGAUCUUUCAACAAUAAAGGAGAGUUGAUGAUCACAGCCUCAGCCACUGGAAUCAUCAUUGUUUAUAAUUGUUUUGGUUACUUUUGAAGUAUAUUAUUUAUUUUUUUACCUUGAUGACAAUUCUUCAUAGGCAUUUUAACAAGUCUCCGGAUAAUAAAUGAAAUUCUUUAUUAAAAGAAAAUUCGUUCUUUUCAUCUCUUUUGAUAGAAA